AUGUCAAAUAUGAGUUUAAAAGAUAUCAUCAAAGAAGAAACUGAAACAAUCAUGCAGCAAACUGUUUUAUUUGAUAUUCCAUCACGAUUACAAUGGAUACAUGGACGUGGUUAUUGUGGUGAAACAGCUGUUCAGUCUAUCGGUCUCUAUUAUGGUGCUUGGAUUUCUCAACAAUUGAUUCGUGAUAUAAAUGAAGGUGAAUAUCUAUUACAACCAGUGCCACGCAAUAAUCAUCGAAAUCCAUUGCGUACUUUGGCAUUACUUCAUUUCACAUAUAAUGAAUGGGAUUGGAUUAAUUCUCCCCAGCCACAAUUUCGCGAUUUUUGUCAUUGGAUGAAACGAUCAAUCUUACGACGACAUCCUGUCAUAUUUGGAAUUUUUCUCCCCGAUGGGGAUGAAACAGAUUAUGAUCAUAUUGUUCCAGCCGUUGGUAUACGAUAUCAAAAUGAAGAUCAAUAUGAUCCACAUGAUACAAUCAUCUAUCAUGAUUUAUAUGAGAAUAGGCGAUUCGAGAAAAAUCUCAACGAAGACGAAUUUGGAUUAGACAGAGAAGCUGUUGAUGAUGAUGACGACGAUGAUGGUGACGACGAUGAUGAUGAUGAUGAUGAUGAUGAUGAUGAUGCUUGGCUACCAUUGAAUGUUGAUUAUGGUAUAGCUAUUACUGGUAUUGUGGAUGAAGAUUCCGUAACAUUACCAGUUCACUUAUCUGUUUCUGCAUGGGAUGAACCUAAUCCAAUAUUUCAGCAACAUCCUAGAGAAAUGCAUGGAACUGUUACAGUAAAUAAUUUAACAAUUGGAUGUUUCUAUGCACUCUUGCGAUAUUCAUCUUAUACAUCUGUGCCAACUGCAGGAAGUGCUAAUGGUUUUCUACAAUCUGAUUUUGAUAUGACACAUGAAUUUAUGGCAACCAGCACGGACUAUGUAUAUGAAGAUCCAAACGUAAUAUUAUCAAAUGGAUCUGUUUACUAUCGUUGUGUUUUAAUACCUGAGUAA